AUGUCUUCUCUUACAAACUGUUACUGGCUGGUAACAGUUUCCACAAUUUUGGCAACAGAAUCCCAAAUAUCAGAGAUUUCUUCACAAACUACAGAUUUUACUGUGCUCAGAUUGAUGUUUUCAGAGACGUUAUUCAUGUUUUCUGCCUUUUCUGCUGGUUCUUCUACUCAUAUUUCCUUGGAAGAUAAAGACUUGUUAUCUCUUGUAGAUGACAAUAUAACAGAAGCUGGUGAUAAUAUCUUUACCAAGAAUAUCUUCACUACUUCACAAUUGUUGAGUAUUAAGCUGUAUGAUGUUGUAACUUCAUUCAAUAUAUCUACUGAGUGCUAUGGUCAGCUCAUCAAUCUGAUGAACAUGGUAUUCCAAGACCAUGAUAAACUCUCAAAAGAUAUAGUUGGACCUGUCAAUGCCCUACUCAAGAAAAAAACAGCAAUAAAGGCUCACACAUAUGACAUAUGCGAGAAUGUCUGCGAUGCCUCUACCCCUUUUGUCUCAGUGAAGACAAUGAAGAUGAUGUCACUUAGUAAUCAACUGGCUCGACUCCUUGGCAACAAUAAUAUAAGGGAGAAACUCCAUUACAGAGCAAACAGGCAGCUUAUAUCAAAUAAGUUGUCUAAUUACUUUGACAGAGAAGAGUAUAGGGUCCUAAAGGCCCAGCACUUUUUCCAGUCUUCUAAUAAUAUUGCUGUUGCUUUGUUCUUGGAUAGUUUUGGAAACCAGAAAAAAUCAAAAUAG